CCACAGUUUGCUUUUUCCUCAGCAUGUACCUGUUCGUCGUCCUGGCUAUUGUUCGUGAUGAUUACCUAGUGCCGGCCAUGGAGCGACUGUGCUACACUCUGCGAAUGACAUAUGAUGUGGCCGGAGCCACUUUCCUGGCGGCUGCCACUUCGGCCCCGGAACUCUUCGUUAACUUUGUAGCAACCUUUAUCACUCACGGCGACAUUGGACUAGGCACGAUCGUGUGAUCCUCGGUGUUCAACAUCUUGGUAAUCGCAGGCGUGUGCGGCAUACUUACUCCACCGAGUAAACUGGAUUGGUGGCCGGUUACAAGGGAUACAGUUUGGUACCUCGUGGCCAUAGCGACUGUCACAACUGUGGUGUGGGAUUCGCUUGUCACGUGGUAUGAGGCUACCGUCCUUAUCCUACUGUACUUGCUUUAUAUCAUUCAACUAGUGCUGGACCGCCGAAUCCAGAACGGUGUUCGCAGUAAGAAUAGCAUUUAA